ACUAACAAUCAAUGAAAAACUUCCGUUCGUAGAUAUCUUACAAGCUGCCCUCACCGAAAUAUUGCUCAAAUCUACAUUAAAAUAUUUGUAUUGAUUAUUUGUUGUUUAUUAAAUAGAUUCUGACAAUAUUAUUCUCUAAGAAAUUCAUGUUAAAUGGUAUGUAUGAAAAAGUUUUCAUGUUUUUUAUUGGUGUAGAUGAAUCACGAUGUGAUAAGUGAUGUGCGUUAUCUAUAAGCUUAUUAACCUUUUCGUUAUUCAAAGAUACAAUCUUUUGGAUUCUUUAAUCUUUUAAGAAUAAUUUAAGAUAUAAUGUAAUUUAACAAUUUACCACAUGUUGAAUUUCAGAGCUAUUACAUAACAUUGAUUGUUUAUUUAAGUAGGAAAUCUUGCAUACACUUACUUCUCUUCCAACUGUUGAUUCGAACGUCUCGCAUUUCAAGAUUGAAAUUUUAAAUAUGUUGUUUUUAUCACAGAUAGUCAAGUAGAGUAUGAUUUGAGCAUUAUGGGUGUGAACGAGAAUGGUGCUUGUCUGUAAAUCGUUGACAUUUUACAAGAAACAUGCCAAAAGUUGGUAACAAUGCCAAGGAAAUUACCAAGGGGCUAUUUCUAAAUGAAGAUCCGGAAAAAUUAUUCACUGAUUUACGAGAAAUAGGCCAUGGAAGUUUCGGAGCUGUCUAUUUUGCACGUAAAGCUUCUACAAAAGAAGUUUUUGCGUUGAAAAAGAUGGUUGUUACUGGCAAGCAGGCUGAAGAGAGGUUUGAAGAUAUUAAAAAGGAAGUGAAAAUUUUAAAAUGCUUGAAACAUGAUAACAUCGUCAAAUUUGAAUGCUGCUACCUACGUGAUCAUGUUGUUUGGCUUGCAAUGGAAUACUGCCUGGGUUCCGCUUUUGAUAUCUUAGAAGUACAUAAAAAAUCGCUUCAAGAGGAUGAAAUUCGGGCCAUCUGUGCUGGUGCUUUGAAUGCUCUAGUUUAUUUGCAUUUCGAACUUGGUGCUAUUCACCGCGAUGUUAAAGCUGGUAAUGUAUUACUAGCCGUAGGAGGAGUAGUGAAAUUAGCCGACUUUGGAUCGGCAUCACUUGUCAAUAGAGCAAGUAGCUUCAUUGGUACACCUUAUUGGAUGGCACCAGAAGUUAUAACUUCAAUGGACGAGAUGCUAUAUGACUGUAAAGCAGACGUAUGGUCUUUAGGUAUUACCUGUAUUGAAUUAGCAGAAAAAAAGCCACCGUUGUUCCAUAUGAACUCUAUGGCAGCAAUGUAUCACAUUGCACAAAGCGAUUCGCCUAAGCUAUGUGAAGCUAGGUCCAAAUGGAGCGAAGGAUUUAAUGGUUUUGUUGAAUCGUGCCUCAUUAAGGAUGCUACAAAUCGUCCUACCUCGAAAGAAUUACUAAAUGACCCAUUUAUUAGUGAUAGAAGAGACAGCGAUUCUGUAGUGCUUAUGCAGCUUAUAGAACGUACCAAAGAAGCCGUAAGGCAAUUAGACCAGCAUUAUAGAAUGCGAAAGAUAUUGAUAAACGAUCAUGCCAGUGAAGAACUCGAACCAAAUCCCGGUCGAAUAGAUGGUGAAGGCGACGUUACUAUUGAUAGUACAUCCAGUAAUUCUAACUCAUUAACGAGUCGAACAAGUAUUCAGAGUUCGGACUAUAUUAAUCAUGAAGAGGCUAAACCACCUGCCGGAAGUUGUGAAGUACCGAAUGAUAUGUCCUUCCAUCAGGGUGCUGAUCGGGCAAAUGAUAGCGCACUUGAAAACUUCCAAACUAUAAAGCCAAGGAAAAUGGUUGUACAAGAGCACAGACAGCACGACGCCAAUGGAGCUCAGGAACAAAUGCGAGGCUAUAAAAAUAUGAGGAAACAGCAACAUAAGGAGCAAAAGCAGUUAGAAAAUAAGCAAAUGGCCGAAAUGUCAGAUUUCAAGUCGAAACUAGAUAAAGAAAUGGAGCAAUUAAAUUCUACUUUUACAAAAUUUUUUGACAAGUUACUGCAAAAACAACAGCAUGAUAGAGAAAAAAUGCAAAAAGCUGCUCAACAAAGAGAAAGAAAACUAUAUAAGCAGAUACAAUCUAAACAUGAAUCGGAAAUGAAAGAAUUUAAAACAAUUUUGCAAAAGAAUUAUAAAGCAAAAAAAGAAGCCAUUCGUAAGAGUUUAACUGGCAGCUCUACUCCUAAAAAAGAGAAAGAACAACAGAUGGUUAGACAAAAAGAAGAAUUAGUAGCAGAUAUGAACGUCAAAGAAAAUUAUGAAUCAGGUCAAAAAGAACAUUUCUUAAAGACGCAGAUGAAAAUAUGCCAACGUAAGCAACUGCUACGACUUCAUCAAUUGGAGCUUCGACAACUGGAAAUUAGAAUUGAGAAAAGAAGUAAUCAUAUUUCAGAGAAACAUCAAAUGUGUACUAAACAGCAUGAGUCGACUCAAGAGUUCGAGUUCUGGCACAUGUCCCACCUUCAUCGGCUUAAAGAGGAUCAUAUUAGAACCCUACAUCGCACUGAGAAAGAAAAUCAAGAACAGUACAAUUCAAAUGCUCUGAAAGAGAUGCAUAAGAGGCACCAUCAAGAGAAGAAAAAUCACCCAAGCCUUGUUAGAAAGAGAGAAAUGGAAAUUAUGAAACUGAAGAAAAACGCUAUUCAAACUAUAGAACAGCAGUAUAAGGUUCUAAAGAUGCAACGAGUAGCGAAAACGAAUUCUAAACCUGAACAAAAGGAACUAAUUACAAGAUUGGCUGAGGAUCAAAAGCAUAAAAAUCACGAGGUGGAAGGCCAAUAUAUUAAAUCCAUACAAGACAUGAAAACGAGUGAAGAACGUAAAUUGAACGAUAACAUUGAAAGAGAAGCAAGAGAGUUAACUCAAAAGCUUAACCAAGAAUUAGAAUUGCUGCAAGCUUAUCAAGGAAAUCGUUUGGAGCAAAUGCAGAGGCAACAUAAGUUGGAGCGUAAGCAACUGGAGGAGAAAGUUAGCGUUCGUAGAAUUCUGUUGGAGGAAAAAUUGGAUGAAGAGAUAAUGGCGUUCGAUGCUCAACGUCGCCAAAGCUCAAGAGACUUACACGAGAGACAAGGAAGGGAAUUAAAUGAGUUCGAUCAGAAAGUAGUUGAUUGCGGAUUGGAUAUAAAUAAGAUUGCAGAGGAGAGUCUGAUUAUCCACGAAGAUGGGGUAGAUAUGGAUGAGCUAUCUAUUCAGGGUUCAAUGAUGUCACUUUCUUCAUCUUUACCUUCCCUUCAAUCUGCUAGUGCUCCUUCGCCCACUCUGCAAUAUCAUUUGCAUCAUGGAAAUGAUAAUUGA